AUACUGUAUACAUUUAAGCGUACAGAUUCUCUCUCUCUCUCUCUGUCUCUCGUCUCCCCGUGCCAAGCAGCAGCAGCAGCAGCAGCAGCAACAAAGCACCUGUUCUCUCCGCCCAGGAAUCGCUGCUGCUGCUUGCAGGUACAAAACCCUGCACCUUUAACAGCUUAAUUCCAAGCACACAGACGCUACUCUUUCUCUCUCUCUAUUUAUAUAUAUGUAUGUGUGUAUGUGUGCAUCUAUAUCUCAAUUUCGUUAUAUACUAGAGUUCAUAGCUCAUUGAGCUCACAUAGUCGCUCCAUUUCCGUCCAAUUCCGCCUCUGCUUCGCGUUCUAGGGCCGUUAUCUAGACGAUGUGCGGUCUGAUUGAUCUCAACACCGUCGACGACGAGGACGACGAAGCGCCGCCCCUUCUCAAUUCGCCGUCGCCGACUCCGACUCCGACUCCGACUCCGACGCCGGUGUGCUUGGAGCUAUGGCAGGCGUGCGCUGGUCCGCUCUCGUCGCUCCCGAAGAAAGGCAGUGUGGUGGUCUACUUCCCGCAGGGCCACUUCGAACGCGUCUCUGAUUUUCCGGCCGCUGUCUACGGCCUCCCUCCCCAGGUUUUCUGUCGAGUUGUCGAUGUCAAGCUUCAUCCGGAGGCAGCCUCUGAUGAGGUUUAUGCAGAAAUGUUCCUAAUUCCAGAUGCUCAGACUGAGCAAAAAUGGAGGCAAGGGGAAACUGCAGCAGAAAGUGAAGAAGAAGACACUGAAGGUGCGGCCAAGUUGAGCACACCACACAUGUUUUGCAAGACCCUUACUGCCUCUGAUACUAGCACUCAUGGGGGAUUUUCUGUUCCUCGCCGGGCUGCUGAGGACUGCUUCCCUCCUCUGGAUUAUAAUCAACAAAGGCCAUCACAAGAGCUUAUAGCCAAAGAUUUGCAUGGGAAUGAAUGGAAGUUCCGUCACAUCUAUCGGGGCCAGCCUCGGAGGCAUCUACUGACUACUGGUUGGAGCGCCUUUAUCAACAAGAAGAAGCUUGUUUCUGGAGAUGCUGUGCUCUUUCUAAGGGGCGGUGAUGGAGAAUUGAGGUUGGGAAUCCGAAGAGCAGCUCAAACUGAAACUGAUUCUUCCUUUCCUGAUAUCUCUAGCAAGAAGGUGGAAGUUGGAACUAUUGGAGCUGUGGUGAAUGCUAUAUCAAGAAAAAGUGUUUUCAACAUUUGCUACAACCCAAGGACUAGCUCGUCAGAGUUUGUAUUACCAUUCCAAAAAUUCUCAAAGAGCCUAAGUCACUCUUUUUCAGUUGGAAUGAGGUUUAAAAGGCUUCUUGAAGCAGAAGAUGCAACUGAAAGAAGGUGUACUGGACUUGUUACUGGAGUUAGUGACGUGGAUCCUGUUAGAUGGCCUGGUUCAAAAUGGAGAUGCCUAUUGGUAAGGUGGGAUGAUCCAGAAAUUAUCAGACAUAAAAGGGUCUCCCCAUGGGAGAUUGAGCCAAUCAGCUCGGUGUCUACAUCCAGCAACUUGUUGACACCUGGUAUGAAGAGGACACGGGUUGGCUUUCCUCCAACAAAACCAGAUUUUCCAGUUCCCAAAGAUGGGACAGAAAUGUCAGACUUUGAGGAAUCUUUAAGGUUCCAGAAGGUCUUGCAAGGUCAAGAAAUUUUGGGUUUCAAUUCUUCCUAUGGUGGUGAUGAUAUUCAUCCUCCUCUUCCUCCAGAGAUAAGGAGGUCCAAUCCUGGUUCUGGUACUGCCAGGAUUUCUGCAUUGGGAAAUGGUGUCAGAAAUCUGCUUGGAGAUUCUGCUAUUUCCUAUGGAAGCAUAGGCUUCGGUGAAUCGUUUGGAUUUGGUAAGGUCUUGCAAGGUCAAGAAACAUUUUCAAACCACAUGUAUGGAAGCAGCCUAGUGGUGAACAUGGUGCAAGAAAACAGGGGCCAAGGAAUCACUGAUUGUGUUCGAGCUUCUAGACUAGGGACUGGAUGGCGUACCCUGAUGCAAGGGUAUAAUACUUAUCUGCGCCCAAUUGCAUCAUUAGCGGAGGCAUCAUCCCCUUCUUCUGUGUUAACAUUUCAACAAGGAUGUACUUCUGCUCCUAACUUCCAUGCAAUGUUUUGCACUAAUCAGGAGAACGAGACUAGUGAUCAGUCUUCAUUUGAUCUUUCUGAAACAUAUUCUGGGAAGUUCAUGCCAUUCUCAUUACGUGAGCAUAGCUCUCAGGAGGAAGAACAACAAAUUAGUUCUUCUGGUCUUCCUGAUGGGUAUAACCAACUAGGUAUUUCAAAUUCUACUCUUGCAACUCGUUCACCAUGUAGUAGCAGCCAAAAUUUAGUGUCCAAUUGUAAAAGUAGCUGCAGACUAUUUGGUUUUCCACUGACCGAGGGAAGAAAUCCCAUAACUAAAGAUUGUGAUCCCUGUCAAGUUUCAUCUGUGUAUCACUCUGAUUCCUCUUUUGUACCCCAUGGUGGGGUGCAUUUGCAUCCUAAGCCUCCACUGAUGACGAAGAUAACUAACUGACUCGUGCUGUUAGAGAUAUGCCUUCUUAUUGCAUUGUAGUAUACCUGUUCUAAGAUAGGAACUGUAAGUUGCAAGGGAUUAAGCACUGUGAAAUGGUAAUUGAUCUUGCUAAAUUUGAUGGGCUUGGUGUUUGGUUUGUGAGGGAUUAGUAAUUUGAUGUUGAAAGGGAUUUGGAUGGCACAGACAAGCGAUACAACAAGUUUAUGAGGAUGAUUGGGAGCUUGAUGAAGAUUCUCUAUACCUGUAAUUCAGCAGUACUGUUUUGCAACAUCUUAAGGUAUUGAUGUGUCACAGCAGCAGUUACUUGGAAGAUAAGUCCCCGUACUAUUUGUGAUAUCUUUGUUCUUGAAAAAAAAUGUAACUAUUUUCCAUGCAAGAAGUUGCUGUGGUUUGUGGCUUCUUUGCCAGGAAAAGACAAGAACUCUUUUAGUAUUUUCCGCUUUCGAAAUGUUUAAUGACCGAUGUUAAUUUGUUCAAUCUAGUUAAUGAGUUGUUGCUUC